UUCACAACAGCUGAGGCGUUGUCGUUCAGUCGCGCGAUUUCUCAACAGCAAGUGACAUUUCACCUCUGGCAACAGACAUGUCGGGUUCAGGAGCAAAGCCUGGAGCACACGGUAAUCUCGCAGUUGCAGAUAGCAGGACAGGUCUUCCGAUCUUUCCGAAAUUUUACAGACGCUCGAGUAGUGACGCUCCAGGUUACCGAUGGACAGAGGACGAGGAGGAGUUGAUCGCCAAGGCGAGGUACGAGUUGCGAGGCGAGUACAAGGAGCUUGUCGGGAAGCAGGGCUCCAGCUUCUGGCAGAAGGUGUGGGAUCUGGUGAAAGCCUGGGACGCCUCCUGGGAUCGACCAGUCGACGCGGUGAAGGUUAAAAUCCACCGCCUGGAGCGCAAGUACCGGGAUAUUCUCGAGCAGGAAGCGCAGCCGGGUGCUGUUGUUGCUCAGAAGCCCGCCUGGUGGAAAUGGCUGACUCUCUACAUGGCGGAGAAGCUCGAGGAGGAGAGGCAGACGGCACGGGAGGCGUGGAGAGACAUUGCACGGCCAGACGCCUCGAAUCAGCAAACGCUUCCGGCGUCCUUCAGGCCGUUCUCGCAGGCUCCCGGACCGAUUCAGUCGACGUAUCCACCCCCGCCGGAAAGCCCUUCUGACGGAGCGGACGGUUCGCGAUUGCAGCAAGCUGACGGAGCUCCGUCAACGAAACGGGAGAGAGAUUCUGAGCCCCCGUCCACGGCUGACGACUCAGUGGAACAAGAGACGGAAUUGAACUCCGUCAAGAAGAAGAAGCGGUUACGGAAGAAAGGGGGAUCGAAGGAUGCGGAUAUGUCAGAAAGCGCCGCUGGCGCAGCAACAGAUGCGAAUACCGACAGCGGUGCUCCGGUCAAAGAGGCGCCGACUAAAGACUACGAGCGGUGGAGCGAGCGCGAGCAGAUUCUAGUAGCUCGCGCACGGUUCGAACUUAACGACGAGUAUAAGAAGCGGCCGGCCGGGCACCAAGGGAGCUUCUAUGGCCGUCUUAAAGAAUACAUACGGUCAACUAAGGAGCCGUCCUUUGACCGGCCGUUCGAGGCGAUUAAGUUGAAGCUGCACCGCAUGGAGCGCAAGUAUAGACUGCUAAAGGAGCGCCUGAGGGAGCAGGAGCAGGGCAACUCGUCGGGAGAGAACGGAGAGGGAGGAGGAGCGUAUCCAAUGCUGAAGCCCAAGUGGUUCAAGUGGAUCGACCGCUACUUGAGCGAGUCGCUAGGCUGCGCUCCCUGCCCGGAGAGCCUUCUUCCGGAUAGCCCUAGCCCAGAGGCCUCUCCUCCCAACAGCCCUUCGCGGAGCGACGCUCCUGGCGAAGGGGUUGCCCGUGCGACGGGCGGACGGGCGGACGGUAAGGGCUGGACGGCGAAGGGAGGGGCUGGCGCGAACGACCCCAUGCUGCUGCCGCCCAGCGCGUCGGUUACCAGCCAGGCCCAUGUAACCAGCGCAGGCGGUGGGAAUGCGACGAGGAACGAGGCUGCGAACAACAAUGCGAGCGGUCUGGUUGGCAUCGUCCCUCCCGGCGCAAUGAACGGCGCCAUGCCGCCUCCCCCGCACGUCCUCACAUCCCCCGCGGGCUUCCUACCGCCUCCGCCGCCAGGCUUCUUCCCCCCCGGCAGUUUCUUUCCCCCAGGCGUCUUCCCCCAUAGCUUCUCCGCCGCCUCCUCCAACUUCCGCCCGCCUGGCCCCGCAGGUGGAGGCCCUCCGGGAGGCCUCUCCGCCCCCCUGCUUUCCCCCCAGGGCACGGGGCCGCCUGGUAAUCCUGGCGCUGGUGGCGGCAGUGGCGGAAGUACUGGCGGUGCUGGUGGCGGGGGCGGUGGCAAUGCGUCAGCGGGCGUGGCUGUUCCGCAGGGAGGGUUCUGGGGGCAGCUGAUCAACCCGGGGGGGGAUGGCAGCAUGGGGCAGGAUGGCUUCCCCACCCCCGGGACCAUGCCAGGAGGGAUGCCCUUCCCAGGACACGCUUUCGGCGGCCAAGGGAGCAUCAACGGUGGCAGCGUGGCAGGUGUGUCUGGUGGCGGCGGCGGUGGCGGUGGUGGUGGUGGGAGCAGCGCAGUGGAGCAGAAGCUGGACGAGGUGAUCCGUGUGGUGCGGGAGAGCAACGAGGAGUGGCAGAAGCGGUUUGUGGAGGAGCAGGAGAAGAACCGGCAGCUCUUCCGAGAGCUCUUCAUGACGUUCAUGGGGCCGCGAAUGAGCGCCAACGCCACCUGAGCUGCACUCACAAGGGUGCCUGUGCGCUGCUUGGUCCUAUGCCACAGGCUGUUGUUUGCCUGCCUGGGGCAGUUUCCUCGGGGCUCCCAUUUUCUGGCAGUCCUGCGUUUUCUUCUGAAGGAAAAUGCGGCCGCUUGGCUUGGUUGGCCUGCUGCAGUUCUCUUGGUCCAAGGUAGAGCCGCGGUAGUUCCCUAGAUGCACCUGUAUUGGGUUGCUGCAGUGGAUCCUGUUCAUGCUCACAUGAUCUGUACCUGCAUACCACCUGCUUUGACGGGGCAAUCAAUGUGCGUGCGUGAACUUCAAGUUUCUGAUUGCACAUGUUG